AUGAUCUGUUUUCCUCAAUUUAUAUUGUUACUACUUGUCACUUUUUCUAACAUAGGUACUCUAUUUUCGUGUCGCCCUGCUUCAACCAUGACAAACUUUGAUAAAAAAUCACUUCAAUCGGGUGCUAGACAACUUUUGAAAACCUUACAAAGUCGUGAUGUGAUCUUUUAUCAAGCUCCUCCCAAUGUUAAUCGUACCUUCUUUUUCAUGUAUAUUUCUGCUGGUGUCCAACUUUUAUUUUGGGGUAAUUUGGCAAAGAAUGCACCCAUGAUAUUGGCUCCUCAAGGUAAACGAAUGGUUAUCGCUGGUGGGUUAGUAACUGUUGGCUUAGGUGUGGCAGCUGCUAUGUGCACUUAUCCUUGGAGGUAA